AUGACCUCUCAAUACUCUCCCAUCGACGCGCCUGGCGCUGCGCGUAACUCGCAGUCCCCUUCCGAUGAUGGCUCCAACUAUUACCAGGGAGAUGCAGUAAAAGACGAAGACGUUGAAACUAAUCAAACUCUUACUUCGCAAACACUCAAUGCCGAUGGAACACCCAAAAGACCAAUGAACGCGUUUAUGAUCUUUGCCAGACGUCGUCGACCGCAAGUUUCCUCAGAGAACCAGUCGAUGCGCACGGGAGAGAUCAGCAAAAUUCUCAGCAAAGAAUGGAACACAAUGCCUGCAUCUGAAAAACAAUUUUACCUCGAUCGUGCCAAAGAACUCAAGGAAACAUUUAACUCGAAAUAUCCAGACUAUGUUUACCGCCGACGUCCGAACCACUCUCGAAAGCGCCGAAAGACCGACACUGGAGUUCACUCAGUAGACGGCCCAGGAACGCCCGACGCGAUACAUGACGACGGGCUGCCCAGAGCACCGUAUGAUGACCAUCAUGGCAGCGUACACCCUAGACCUUCUCUCCCAUCGUAUGGAAGCUCAGAUCCUUAUGGACGCGAAUCUGCACGACAUCCGUAUCUAAAUGCAGACAGGCCGAACCAUCAUCAUCAUUCCAUGUCUCCACCGUUGAACCAUAACGCUCCUCUUCCGUCGCCCCGACUCCCUGGUCAAUCUAACACGAUACCUGCUUUGCACUCGUACCUUUCUUCUCAAAAUAUCCCUUCAGCUGGUCAGUCUCAUCAUAUGUAUGGUCCCUCGUCUUCGCACCAUUCAAGUCAUGGAGGAAGUUCCUGGGACCAUCCACGUUUGGAUACCUCAGGAAAACUAGGUAAUGAUCGUCUCGAUUCCUCCCAUGGUAGAUCUUCCUCGGCUGGGUCGAACUCUAUGUGGCCUGGCACAGAACGAUCGUCGUCUCGUGGGUAUGCCGGUCAAUCCGGCUCCCCUUCAGGCUCCGGACCCAACUCGUCGACAGGCGGCGGGGGCGCAGACAGCAACUUUAAUUUCCCUACACUCAAUUCACCAUUCUUCCCUACGCCGUCUCAAAUGUUUAAUUCCAACUCUGGUUCUUCGGCGUCUUCAGCCGGUGGUAAUUCCUCCUCUACAGGAGGCGGUAGUGGAGGUAGCGUAUUCGGUGCUGGCUCAAAUCAACUCCCACCUCCAGGAAGUUUGAAUACGAGUAACAGUCGUAACGGAUAUGAUCAUCGUUCUUAUGCACCGUCGCCUCCCCCCUUAGGUGGAGCAUCUUUUGCCCAGUCUGCCUCCCGUCAUGGACUUGGCUCGUCUAAUGGGCUAAGCUCCGGUGGCCUGAAUGGGAUCGGUGGCAUAGGUAGUUUGGGUGGUUUGGGCAGUGGAGGCAAUUCCGGCUUGCAGAGAAGCCUGCCCCCCGUCCAGAGCAUACCUGGUUACUCACAGGCGGGAUUAAGCGGAAGUGGAGGUGGUGGAGGUGAUAUGGGUGACAUCUGGUCAAGAGGCACUGUCAAUGGUCCUUAG